AUGGUUUUUGUAAAUGAAGAAUUCCCAAUUUUAAAAGAUUUAACAAACGAAGAAAUAAAUGCUUUAAACCAAUUAAAAAAAAAUGGAAUUUGUAAAGAUAUUGAGGACCAAUACCUUCUAAUGUUUUUAUUUUCGAAAAAACUUGAUAUAGAAAAUACUCUAAUAUUAAUUAAAAACAAUCUAUUGUUAAGAGAAAAAUUAAACUUACCAUUACCUGUGGUCAAGGAACAUGUUAACCAAGUGAUUGCAAAGAAAGCUAGUGCUUUUAGUAUUAGUGGUAAAACUGAUAAGCAAGGUAGAGUUAUAUCUUAUUUACACCCAUCGAAAAUAAUACCAAAGGAAUACCCAUUCAAAGAAUACAUGACACUGUUGUUUUGGAACAUGGACCAAACUGUACACGAACAUUCAUCUAUACAUCGUUCGGGUAUUUGUAUCAUUGAAGACCUUCAUAAGAUGUCCAUAUUAAAACACUUUGACAGCAGAUUAAAUGACUUUUUAAAGAAAAACAAGGUUAAUGAUAUGCAAAAUGUAUUUAUUGGUAGAAUUCAAAAAAUAUAUAUUAUCAAUCCACCUUUUCUUCUUAGACCACUUUUGGCUCUAGGUAAAACUUUUGUAAAAAGCAAAAUUAUAUCAAGAAUUGAAAUUGUAAAAACCGAACAAAUACUUAACGAUAUUGACCCAUCCCAGGUUCUAACCGAAUACGGCGGCUCUUUAAGUAUAUCAUAUUCAGACUACUUUGACUCUUUACCAGCAAACUAUUAAAAUUAUUAUUUAAAAAAAAAAGUAACCGUCUAUUGAUUUUCUAUUAUAAUAAACUAUAUUGGUUUAUAGUAAAAAAUCUAAUCAAAACCAAUAAAUUCACCUUAUUUUUUUUAAUUUUUCAGGAAAAAUUUAACUUAUUCC